UAUCAUAAAAUGAUGGUAAAACGUGAACAGAGAAAAAUUGCAGAAUGAAAAUUUUGAAUUUUUGAAUCACUUUUAUCUUAAUUUCAACUAACUUUUAAUAUUUUUUACCAGAAUUCAUUACUAAAAUUAACUUAUGGAUUGUUAACAAAUUAAAGACAAUAUGAAUGUAGGAUCAGCUUUUGAAUUUUAUUCUCAACAGACAUCUGUAGUCAGCAACAACAAACGUAAGACUAAAAAUAAAACGAAGAAAUGUGUCAAAAAAAAAAUAAAAAGCGGAAAAAGUAGCAUAUCUUCAAAUAAUGUUUCAAAAAAUACUUUAAAUCAAAUCUAUAGUCUUAACAUGAAUAACUCAGUUAUAGCUGGUAAAAAACUAUUUGAAUGGUUGAUCCAUCCAAUAAAUAUAAAUGAUUUUAUGAAAAAUCAUUGGGAAAAUUCUAUUCUGCAUGUUCCUAGAAAUAGCCCUAAUUAUUUCUCUCAAUUAUUUUCUCUUGAAGAACUUAAUAGCAUUUUAAGUAACAACAACCUUCAGUAUGGAACUAAUGUUGAUAUUACAUCAUACACCAAUUUUGUACGAGAAACCCAUAAUCCAGUAGGACGUGCAUUUCCUCAUGUUGUAUGGGAUUAUUACAAUAAUGGAUGCAGUGUACGUUUAUUAAAUCCCCAAUUAUUUGCUCCAGAAAUAUAUAAACUUAUGUCUGGCUUACAAGAAUAUUUUGGUUCAUUGGUUGGUUGCAAUAUUUAUUUAACUCCUCCAUUCUCUCAAGGAUUUGCUCCACAUUAUGAUGAUAUAGAAGCAUUUGUAGUUCAAGUAAAUGGUGAAAAACAUUGGAGAGUUUAUGAACCACUAAGUCAAUUUGAUACUCUCCCAAAAAUUUCGAGUCGUAAUUUUCAACAAAAUGAAAUUGGUAAGCCUAUUCUUGAUGUUAUACUAAGACCCGGUGACUUUUUAUACAUGCCAAGAGGAUAUAUUCAUCAAGCUGAUACUCUUUUUACUGAGACACAUUCAUUACAUUUGACAUUUUCAACAUAUCAACAAAAUUCUAUGUUUGACUUUCUUAAAGUGGUAGUUGAUAAUGCUUUAACAAAUGCUGGUAAAAAUGAUAUAUCCUACAGAUUUGGUUUGCCAAUCGGAUACCAAAGUUUAGGAGGUGUAUGUUUUUCAGAUAAAUCAUCUAAAUCAAAUAAACGCCAGUUGUUUGAAACUCAUGUGAAUAAUCUAGUAGAGAAUUUGAAAAAACAUAUUGAUUUUGAUCGUGUUAUUGAUCAAUUUUCAUUGAAAAAUUAUUAUACUAAUUCAUUACCUCCAUUUUUAAAUAAUGAUGAAUUGUUGCGUACUGUUUCUAAUGGUACAAAAAUUAUAUCAAAUGGAAAAACAUGUAGAAGUGUAAACCUAGAAAAUGCUGAAGUUAAAUUGAUUAGAGGAAAUUGUUUUAGAUUUGUUGAAGAGUGUAUAAUAGAUGAAGAAACUGAUUGCAUGAAUAAUGAAUUUAGACUUUAUUACAAUUUAGACAAUACUAAAGCAUUAUAUGGAAAUGAUUGUCAAUUCGUUGUUAUACCUGAUGAAAUGGGACUAUAUGUAAAAAAACUUUUUAAUAAAUAUCCAGCAUACAUUAAAGUGACAGAUCUAUGUGAUGAAAAUGAACAGGUUUUGCAACUCAUAAAUGAUUUAUGGGAACGAGGCUUAUUGAUCACAUCAUCAAAUAUUACAUCAGAUGAAUAAAGAAUAUUUUUUCAUAAUUUAUCUAAUGUAUAUUUACAAAAUUAAAUGUUUAAAAUAAAAAAGUAUUAAUUGUUUUUAUUAA